UGCUCUUGAACAUGUGGAUACCGGGAGCAGGCGAGAAUCGUCAUAUCGUGCAGCAUCUGGGAGAGUCUGCCUAACCUAUCCUGACGAAUGCUAAUGUGGAAAGGCGAUGCACGAGAAAAGCAAGGUCACCGCAUUGGACAGAUGCGCUCCACGUCGCUUAUCGCUUCUACGAUGGUCAAUCUUGGACGAUGCGGAGGAAGGCUUGCGCCCAGCCGCUGAUACCCGCAGCUACAUCUACCGUCCCCAUCGGCACGGUUGGAGAUCAGGGUCCAGUCUCCGCAAUCUGGUGGGCGCUGGGAGCCCUAAUGCUUCGGCCGUCACUGCUCUUUCAAGAGCUACGCUCAGAGACAACGCUCUAUUCAACUACACAGUUACAUAUCGUACGUCAACAGCAUCUCGAGAAUACGAAAGCUGGCGUUCAAUGUUGUCAUCUCACGCUAUGGAGACGUCCCGGAACCGGCCGUUCCUCAAGGUGCGAUAUUCGAUAAGGCAAGAGAUAAAAAAUGACUACGGGCUGCCGACUCGCUUUCCGUUAGUACAAAUGCGUUCGGCCUUCCAUUCACGGUAUGGGAAAUUCUUAGCGAUGUGUCUUCGAACUUUCAUCGCCCGACUGUCCAUCCUAGCAUCUCCUUCAUUCCGAACGCAUGCCGCGUUCCGAGUCGCUGUGUCGCUCCGUCGCACACCGUUGGCCCGAGCGCCGGAGCGGGACCGAGCAGGCGCCGAGUUGAGCCUCAGAUCUGACACCUGCGGGAUUUCCCCGCCAAUCCUUGUCCUCAGAUCAGGCUUGGUGUGCAAUUAGGCAGGUUGACGUCAUAUCUCACCACCAGAUUUCUUCUAGAAAGCCGCUAGAACAGGUACGCAGACGCCAUCUUUCACCGUUCACGGCAUUGUGCGC